AUGGCGGAGGAGGAGAAUCCCAAAGAGUUUCCCGAUGUCAAAGACAAGCUUUGUGCGCCGAAAAAGCUCUCGGCAUUUGAGAAGGAACGACUGGCGCAAGAGGAGAAGAGACGACGCGAACACGCCGAAGCUGCUGCGGCACUGAAGGACUUUGAAGACUCUUUUGGUGGUAAUGACGAUGACGAUUACGAUGGCUUUCCGAUGGGCGCGCGAGGGAACUACGGCGCACCUCGCGGGGCAUAUGGAGGGUCGCGUG